AUGGAUCGUCUUAGUAGUAAGCUCCGAAAAGGAGGUGCUGCUGCUGUGGCGGCGACGACAAAGCAUGGCGUGGCCCCGUUCAUAGGCAAGUUCAAGCUGCACACGUCGACAGAUUCGCUGCCGCCGUUGCCGCUGCUGACGAAGAAACGAUCAAGUUUGGAGACGAAGCCUAAGGCCAAGUUCCUCAAGCCAGCAGCAGCAAGCAGCUCGACUGAGAAACCGAAAAACGCAAUGUCCAGUGCAUAUGGAACUAGCAGGUUUACCCAGCCGCUGAAGGUUGACCACUCGUCCAAGAAGAGCUCUGGCUUCAGUCUCUUGAAACUUCCGUCCCAAUCGAAGGAACUUGGGACAUUGACGAAGGCUCCGUUUGUCAAGGGGGCGACAGCACUAUCGCUGUCAAGUACCAAGCCGCUGCUAAACAAAGUUUCUGCCCAAAUUCUUGCAAAAAAAAACGUACGUCGUGCAAAUGAAGCUGACAAAGCGCCGUUGUUCAAGCUGCAAGCAAAAGGCGGAUUGCCAUUUACGUUUCGAGCCGACACCAAAUCGUCUGCCGCCAAAAAGAGGAAGGCAACAGAGGCAGUUGCCGUAAAAGAUGGGACGGAUCUCCUUUUCUGCAAAACUAAACGCGAUCGUAGCAGUAUUACAGGCCCCACGUUAAAGAGCACAGCAUUCAGCAAAGACAAGGACGGAGACAAACAGUUUGGGGUUGGUACUGCUAAGAACAUCGGACAAAAGGAUGGUAAUCGAACCAGCAUCUCUUCUGCUAUGAAAAUGGGUGACACGGAUGGAAUGGGCGUGAAGGUAGACGACGGUGCCGUGCUCAGAAAGCGAAGACUGCUGCUGGCUUCAUCGAGAGCGGGUCCAGCGCUGAAAAAAAGCAAACGAACGUCUCAAACUGUUGUAGCAGUGCAGCCGCUUCAGGACACCAAAGUGGCCGAAUCGGGGAGACCUUUUGACGCGUGUCGAAGCGUAGAUCCCAGUAAGGUCGCAACAAAAUUAGAGGAGGCGCCCUCGGCAUCCGCAUGCCCGAUGAACAGCACGCUGUCAACUGCUGAGGCAUUGCCCUCGCCUCUGGAAGACGGAACUGAGGAGGAUCUUGCGAUGAAGCUUCUUUGCAUUGUGGACGAUGACAAGGAAGACGAGUUUCUUAUUCGAGCAGCCGCUGUUCAGGAAUUUACCGACCGUGUGGGACUCGAGCAGAAGCAAAUCCGCAACCGUUUACUUGACGUUCAUGCCAACAUCAGCGAGAGUCUUCUUGACGCAUUAACGGACCUCAUGGCGGAAGAGGGAGGGAUCGGGAUCGAUAAACUCGCCUGUGACAUGAACAUUGACGUCGACAUUGGUCAUGAUGUCUUCUUGCGAGAUGACGAAAUUCAGGUUUUUUUGUAA